ACUCUUUUCCUACCAGGUAGCUUGGAUACUUUGAUUGGCAUGGACUUCUCUCUGUUCUCUCUGUUCAUUGGCUAAUGCCGCUGUGACGUAAUAUCUCCGCCAGCCUGAGCGGUGCUGAACCGGCGGCGUGGAGAUCGCUGCUUCUGUCCGGACAUCAACGUCGGACCGGUUUCAUAUUACCCUGAAUUGCAGUUAUGGACUGCAGGGAGAACACAUCACUUUGAAUCGCAGAUAUCAUGUUCGCUCUCUGAUGCACAUUUGACGUCAAAGGUGCGUCGGGCACUCGCGUGAUUCUUUUUUUUUCCUUUUAAUGUUUGGUUGCAUGAUUUUGGACCUAACCGCACCUGCAAAUCAAAGUCACCUGGAAGAGGCGGAUGGAUAUCACCUUUGACUGACGACUGUUUUCAAGAUUAAAUUUUAGGAACAUGGAGACAGUUUCCAUGGUCCAGCCUCAUCUAGUAGUAUGAUUGGAGCAUCCAGUCUCUCAGGGGACACCCUGAUAGCGUGCCACUUCCCCGUGGUUCAACUCCCCACAUGGCAGCUUCCCGUCCAGGCCUUGUGCAGCUCGGCCAAGAGGCCCAGCCGUCUGUGCUCCAUGGGCCUGACUCGUGCCGUGUCCCUCCCGGAGCAGGACUCGCUAAACCGAGAGCACACCUUUGCCGGCGGACGGAGGCAUUUUUCCAGCAGCUACAGCAGCCUCAACGAGGACCGGACGGAGGAGGAGGGAGCCAGCGACAGCAGCGGGAGGUACGACUCCACCUCGUCACCAGAGGAGACGAGUUCCCAUCUAAGGAAGGAAAGGUCCGGGGCAAGAGGUGGUCCACGGUCGCACAACUCGUUCCUCCCCAGUACAGAACUAGAGGAGGAUGAAGAAGAUGAAGAUAGCGAUGGAGAUAAUCUGCACAGAUAUCAUGAGGACUCGUCUUUUGUGUUGCAUGGAAAUUCCAAUUGGCCACUAAGUAAUGAUGCCAGAAAUUAUACGAUGCCCCAUGGAGACGUGGACAGUGAGUGGGGAAAUGAAGGGACCGUGCUGGGCACCGAGAGUGACCAAGAGUGGCUCUCUAACCAGCCUAACCAGCUGGUCUCAUUGCAGACUGAGUGCCAGUGCUUUCAUGUGAGCAGAUCUGGCAUCACGCUGAUGUCUUGUGGAGAGCAGGACUCAGACAGACUGAAGGAUAACAUGUCCUGCUGCAUCCACAGCCAACACAAAUGUUCCCCAGAGUUGUCCAACAGUCACACAGAGUAUGUCAGCGACUCUUCCUGUAACAGUUCUGAUGGCGUCUUGGUUAACUUCUGCACCAUCUACAACAGGAGCAACAACCCCGCCACGCCUCAUGACCUCAGCAGUCCCGCAGUUCACUCCUCUCCAUCAUGCGAGGGAUCCGUGUUCCUCAACCUCCAGCCUGUUCCCCAGACACCGACCAACGACCUCCAACAAGAUGACGUGACAGUCAGCUCUCUCCCGAAAGAGGAGGCUGACACAAUGCCCUCCGCCUCUUGCUGGUCUCCUCAGGGCCUCGACUCUAACUGCAACCUUUACUCCCUGGAGCCGCUACCCCCGGGCCUCUCUUCUCUGGAGGUGUCGGACCUGACCGCUUGCCUCCAAAGCCAGGGCACGCUGGCCAUGGGGACCAACCAGAAGUACUACAAGCUGGUGACAUGUGACCUCCCCUCCCAGUCACCCAGCCCAGCCUGGUCCUGUCUCACCAGCUGCCCCGAGGGUCAGAGCAGAAUCAGCCCCUUUCCUCCCUCUGAGCCCCUCUUUAUCGAUCAUAAGAAAGAAGGACAACACAAAGAAUUUAAGAAGGAGAAAGAGGAUCAACAAAAGGAAAGGAGGCUCUCCUCAGCACACUGCAGCACCGGGUUUGACUGCUCUCUGUUUCAGACCUAUGAUUACCAGGUUGCCACCACCUCCACUGACAAAACCCUCUGCAGGAAGAAACAUACAGACAGCAUCCAGAACCUCUCCCACACUCCCUGUUCACUGUGCCCCAGCCAGUGUAGCCCACAUAGCAGUAAAUGCCAAGACGCAAGCGCUGUGUCCACACAGCCAUCUGUGAUCCUGGACCAGGAGCACUGUAAUACUGAUGCUACUGAGGAGGGUGCAUGCUCAUUGGAACAUCCAGUGGUGCGCUACAGUAAGGCCCAGAGGCCAACCUCGCUGCCAAUUCAACCCUUCGUUCUUAUUCCCUCAGACAAACCUCAGUCCCAGGCCCAGCAUCUGGGCUGUCUUCUUGAACAGUACAUAAAUCAAAAGAGCAGCAAGUCUGGUAGCUCCCAGCCAGCCCCCAAAGGCAAAGGAAAAAGCAGUCAAAGCUUUUCUAAUCUUCAGCCAUCACCCAUGGGGAGCUGCUACCCCAUCUUCCUGGAAGCUCCUUCAAGCUCCGACACCUGCUCCACCUGCACACCGAGCCCAGAGUGCUUCAGCCGCAGAGACACGUGGAGCCAGUCCAGCAGAAGCCAUGGACGUCCCAGUCCAUGUACAUCAAAAAGCAGCCUGGACCUAUCUCACGCACACAGCCUGAAGCCCAGACUGGUUCAGGUACAAGAUAAAACAAGCCCAUACUCAGGCAAAACUCAGACUGGUAGUUUUUUAAAUCUGGUCCAAGCCCCAAAUCAAUCGAACCUUGUUAAAAUUCCCACCUACCAGGACCUGAUCAACCUGAUGCCUGAGCAGAGCCACGUAAACCCUCAGCCUCAAAGUCCCCGUCAGCCCCAAAACCACACCUCCUACAAUUCAAUAUUCUCUCAUACACCGCCCACUUUAACAUUAACCACUGAUGCACAUCACCCAAACCUGCAAGUCUCCUUAUCUCCACCUGCGUUCUCUCAACCUGAAAAGAAAUUCCCGCAGCACAGAGCCACACCUGCAGCCAACUCAGGCUUUUUUCAUGGCAGCUUCACAGCUGCCCUCUCCUCUGUAGCUCCUCUCUCCUCUCUGAGUUCUCUGCUCUCCUUGGCUGCUUCUGGGCUGCACCCACAGCAAAUCCAGGACUCUGCUGGGCUCAGUGGGAAGCAGAGUCAGAGUCAACACAGCGAAUCUCUGAUCCUGAGUGACAAGCCGCCCACAGAGUUCUGCCUCUCGCCCGACACAUCUUAUGAGUCACUGUCUAUCAGCCAUCUUCAGAGGAGAGGUUUGCUCAGGUCUGUGAGCAGGGCGGUAGAUUUGAUCAUGGCUCAUUUUGGCAGCAGCAGAGAUCCUGAAGAAAAGAUGCGUCUGGGUAACAGCUCCUGGAGUCCCACAAUUGCCGGUCUGGUCCUGGAGCAUUUGUGUCCUACGAUCCAGAAUAUUUUAGAGGAUGGGCUCAGGGAUCACAAACUGGAUCUCAUCAUUGGGCAGCGCCGGAACCACUCCUGGACUGUGGUGGAAGUCUCUACUAGGAUCGGUCCAUCCACCAAGGUCCUCCAUAGCCUGGUCUCAAAAAUUAGACAGUGUCCCCAGCUCUCUAGCCACUGCAUGAGGCUGAGAGCCUUCAUAAUGGGCCUGCUUAACUUGAGAGCUUUGGAAUUCUGGCUCAGUCACCUUCAGAGUCAAAAAGAUGUGGUGACAACAUACUACCAUUCUUGGGGGUUCCUGUCAAUGUCACUAGGCCGGUGUCAGCCCUUGUUUCAGGAGCUGCUGCUUCUUCUGCAGCCGCUCUCCGUGUUGCCCUUUGACCUCAACUUGCUCCUGGAGCCCAGACUUUUACAAAACAGGCAGCUGUGUCCCGAGGAGCAGGGUGUCUCUCCACCUCCGCCGAGCUCAGGCCUCCUAGUGACCAGCUGGCCGCUGCUGCAAGCCGACAGAAAGGUGGACUGCAGUCGCAGCAGUCAGCAAACUAAGAUCUCACACCAGAUAGGUCCGUAUUACCAAGAGUCACUCAGUCCUCUGAAUUCAAGUUGCAUCAAACAGCAGUGUGGAGGAGGGAUGCUGGCUAACAGGAGUCCACGGUUAGCUCCUAUUCCAGAGUGGUGGCCGAAAGAGCCUGAUCUUAUUGAUGGUGUGGUUGAAGGGGAGGACUGUAGCCAGAAUUGUGUAGAUACUUGGUCUCAAAUAAGUAUGGACAGCAGGCAAGAAGAGAGGAGGAGGGAGAAAGACAAUGGGAACCCAAAUGUGUCAACUUGUGUUCAGGCGGAGAGCCCCUGUCAGGGUGGGCUGCGCUGGGCCAAACUGUUUGGAGCAGCUGAUACUUCCACCAGAGCAGAGACAGUUUCUCAGAGUCACAUCGGAGCACAAACCAGGAGGCGACCAUCACAGUGGCUUCAUUUGGACAGAUCGCAGCUUGGACUGUUGGCUCAAUCCAUCAGGUCAAUGAAGCUAGUAGGAGCACAGAAUGACAAAAACAAGGACUACUGAAAACUACACCCUCUGUGGGUGGAGGACAGAGUAGAGCCUAUUUACUGUAAUAACAAAAAGUCUUAACUGCAUGAUAAUACACAGCACCCGAUCACACUGCUGAACUGAUCAGAAAGCACAUAAAAUACAAGAUUAACAGCUUGGCAAUGGCCCAGAUUCAUCAAGCUCUACGUUGCACCAGCUAUUCAUAAAUCCAGUUUGAGGAUCCUCAAGUUCUAAGUAACUAUCAGCUAGUAUCUAAACUACAUAACUAAUGAGGUUGUACAAUUAAAAUGUAAGAAAUUACUAUAAUAAACUAUAGUAAAAAACUUUAAUAAUGCAUAAGGAAACAUCUGUAGCACUGUCAAAAGCAUUCAGCCACCAGAGUCACUGCAGCACCAGAAGCUGCAGCAUAAAGCCAAAGUAUAUAUUAAACUUAAAUGCUAAUCCUCUGUAAAUAAUAGUAUUACUCUCUUUUUUUAGAUCCUCAUACAAGGAGAAAUACACUAUGUGUUUCAAGCUAAUCUAACAAAGACUGUUUAGCUUGUCAUUUAAUUUGACAUUAAUUAAGUAACAUGUAAAUCUCCACUUAGUUAACACUUAUUCUACGGUAUAACUGGGCUUACUUUGAACUUUUGAACGGCUGGUGCAACCAGCUCCUGGUCUUAAAAUGUCUCUUGGCUGUUGUUUUACCUUUGUACUUUUGUCAUCUGUGCUCAUUUUAGUUGUGAGAUGAAGCUUAAUGAAAACAAUCAGAAGAAGCUGGAUUAUUUCCACAGCAGGAUUAUGAGCCAUUUUCCAGGAAACAGCUUGAUGAAAGAGGGCCAAUGCCCCUUUUUGCAAUUGCACUCCCGAAUAACUGUAAGUAAGGGUUUCCGUUACUCUCCUUUGUAUUUCUUGUAGGCGAAUAUCAAUCAUACAAUGUCAAUAUUGACUUGCUGUAGACUGUUGGACAUUCAAGUGGUGCAAAACUAUCCAUUUCUCAUAAGUCACUGUCAGUCUCUUCAUAGCUCUAUCCUUCAUCUCAUUGAUAGUUGGGGGAAAAAAAGAAGAAUUGAGCAAUACACUGUUACUAGAGCCAAAUAGGCCACACACCAGCCUCUUGUAGUGCAUUGUCAGUGAUGUUUUUAUCCAGUUACUUGCUUUUUUGAGCAAAUUCCUCGCAUGGAUUUACUGUAGGUGCAUGAGUGAAAAAACAUUCAGUACUGUUCUAUAGGUGCUCUAGUCUUUAAUAUAUCUCUUAACUUCCUGUUAAUGUUUUUAUAGCUGUAGAAUAAGCUUCUGGAAAUUUUCUGGCUCUGGAAUUUUAAAUGUGUGGAAUUGUUUGGUAUUUUCAAUAGGAUGUCUUCCAGUGGAGUUUGUUCAGUUGCACAAAUAUAAGCCAUCUUGUGGCUGUUUCAGGUAUUUAAAUAUGUGUGAGGUAUAUUUUGAUAGACCGGUGGUUAGAUGAGGAGGGAAGAAUAGAAAAUGUGUUCUCUGCAUUUGUUGAAUAGAGAAUUUUUAAUGUACUGCAAUAAUGUGAAGUUUGUGAAAUUAUGCCACCCAGCAUUAUUUUCUCCUCGGCCUCUGAAUGCUUCCUCUAAUGCCCAGUGACAAUCAAACUGUCAGUAAAGACGUCAAUAAAGACCUAACAUAUUGA